GACAUCAUGGCUCGCACGAAGCAGACCGCCCGCAAGUCGACCGGUGGCAAGGCCCCGCGCAAGCAGCUGGCCACCAAGGCGGCCCGCAAGAGCGCGCCGGCCACGGGCGGCGUGAAGAAGCCGCACCGCUACCGGCCGGGCACCGUGGCCCUGCGCGAGAUCCGGCGCUACCAGAAGUCCACCGAGCUGCUGAUCCGCAAGCUGCCGUUCCAGCGGCUGGUGCGCGAGAUCGCGCAGGACUUCAAGACGGACCUGCGCUUCCAGAGCUCGGCCGUGAUGGCGCUGCAGGAGGCGAGCGAGGCCUACCUGGUGGGGCUGUUCGAGGACACGAACCUGUGCGCCAUCCACGCCAAGCGCGUCACCAUCAUGCCCAAGGACAUCCAGCUGGCCCGCCGCAUCCGCGGGGAGCGGGCUUAAGGCCGAGUGUUUUUAUGUAGACCAUCUAAAGGCUCUUUUCAGAGCCAUCCACGUUUUCACGGAGAGCAGCUGUACAGUCUCUCGCCGGGCGCGGGUCUACGGUCGUGCACCUGUGAACUGGAGAAGAGGGAUCGGGGAGCUCGCACGUGUUGCGUGAUGAGCUAAUAGAAUCAACGUCUACCCUUUAGUCGGCUGGCGCGCUAGAGGGAACAGCUGAGACGGUUUAUAGGUCGUUUAUUGCCAAACCCGCUUCUUACAUGCUAAGUUACUAAAAGUCUGGAGCGUCAACCUAGCUUCUGUGAGAAAAACUUUGCAAGAGGGAGGACCCUGCUCUGCCAGUCGUUUGCAACGUUACAAGCUGCUAGUACAAAACGUUGGCACGAACCCAGAUACAGGAAUUAAGUGGAAAGGCCGUCAUGUCAGCUUGUGAUAACGUCUGGGAUGGGAAUCUGGGUUUAUCAACCAGAUUUUACAAUUAAGAACUGAGCCGGAUGUAAGGCCCUGUUUAAAUACUGAAGCCUUUUCCUGGCUACUGCGUCUUCGGAGUUGUAUAGGCAAUGACUUAAUUAAUACUUUCCUCGUUGCAUAAUAUAGGCGGCGCAAACAGGAAUUUGAGGGAAACACCUGAUUUUUUUUUUUUUUUUGAGAUGUGGGUUUAAAACCAGAAGCAAAACACUUCCACAAAGCGUAGGGAAAUGGUGCAAAAAUAAGAGAAAGUUGUCUUUAGCUGUUCCUUCAGAUCUCUUCGGUACACAAAUCUACAAUUGAGAAAAUGAAAACCAUCCCCAAACGCCCCAAACAGGUGAAACUAUGCUUUUACAGAAUUUAUUGGUUAGCCUGAAAUGGAACACUUUGAUUGGCUAAGAGGACAUUUACUCUGCUAGCCACUAAGGAAGUGCGAGCCGAAGCUAUUAUUUAUGUGGGCUCCACCCCCUUAUGACGACAUU